AUGGGAUGGACGCAUAGCGCUAGCUAUUGGUGCUACGCCCUUCGCCGGCUAUUGGAUACUGCUGUCCCUGAGUUAUUACCUUAUAUGGUUACCUAUAUGGAUGACUGUCUGCUCUGGCACCCCGUUCGGGCUCAAUGUGAAGCGAUGUUACAAGCUGUGAUCUUUGCCGUCCGAACUGCUGGGGCGGAGGUGCCACCCCACAAGGUUAGAGGUCCUGAUAGGGAAGUAGAAUUUCUCGGUAUGUCCCUUGGGCCCGAUGGUUAUCGUGUGGCUGACCACACCUUGAAGGAUCUCCGGUUGGCCUUAUCGGACCGUCCACAAACCUUGCGUGGCUUGCGCGUAAAACUUGGCCUCAUGCAAUUUUGCAAGAGUUUAUGGUCACCCGUUACGGGGGGAGCCGCUGGCACGCUGACUCAUCUGACGCAGCCUUUGACGGCUCUGAUAGGCGAGAUGACCUCUACAGGAGCUCGCCGCAACGCUAGACUCCCUUGGACACCAGAGUUCGACCAAAUAUGGGCGAAGAUCUUUCGUACUAUGGUUCCUCAGACGAUCGGAUUUCAUACGGCAUCCACGGCGCAGGAGGACAUACAGUUCGUUCUGUCUAGCGAUGCGAGUCCAAUAGCCGCCGCGGCUGUAUUGUAUGUUGGCAGUCGUCGGGAACUACUCACAGCCCUUGAUAAACCCUUGGAGGUCGACUCCGAGUGGCUAGGGAAUUGGGGACGAGUCAUCGGCAUUUGGACACAUCGAUGGUCUAAGGCGGAACGCCGGUAUGAUAUCAUUGACAAGGAGCUCUUUGGUCUGACGAAAUCCCUCCUUCAUUGGCGAUAUCGUAUCCUCGAGACCAUACUGAGGAUCCGGUUCAGUCGUCGUGGUUCGACGGAUGAUCACGAAAUUGGUAGAGUCUUAGCGUUGACGGACUCAAGUGCUGCCCUAGGUCGUUUCCUAGCUCGGAACUCAUAUGUUCUGAAGCCUCAGGGGAGCCGCGACAGACGAUGGCUUGGAUGGUUAGCAGAUCUUUCUGACUUCCCAGAAGUUGAUCUUACCGUUCGCCAUGUGAAUGGUCCUCGAAACCGGUUAUCCGAUAUCCUAUCUAGACUGCUACCCGGGGAAAACGCCAUCUUAUCGGAAGGUCAUUCUCGGCCACUUGCUCUGGCAGUGCCGAUUGUCUCCGAUGCAGAAGAAGGCGGGGGACGACAAGGUGGAGAGGACCUCAACCGGUUGUUGUCUUUUUUCGAUAAUGCUAACGACUUCAUCAUUGACAAGCAGAAGAUCGAUAACACUACUAAGGUGCACGGUGCGACCCUAGCCAAAUGGUGUUCGUAUUUCCUCCAUACUGAUGAUACUGCUGAUGAAGACCUCCCUUCAUCGGCCGUAGCCGCGCUGGCGAUUGGUUUGGUCCGGUGGGGACCGGGUCUGUUCGUUAUUCGUGAUGCGGUCGCGGACGAAAUUAUAUGGUCUCUGGUUAUCCCUUUGGGCUCAGCUGAGGACCUACCGGCGCUCUUGUCUACUAAUUACCUACCUGGAUGGAGUAUUAGGGAAUGGGUGUCGUUCGUCUACCACGAUUUGUCUUUGCAUCAAGGUGUGGACAGUGCUCUAGAGGCACUCGUACGGCAUUUCUGGUGGCCUGGAUGUGGCAAGCAUGCGGCUGAUGCGGUCAGACGCAUGGCUGCUGCUACUGGAAGGCUACCUGUGGAUGGUGAAUUGGUCGUUUGGGCGUCGCCCUGA